GGAGUAUAUAGAGGAAUACAGAGGUCAUUACAAGGACGUGAUGAUGGAGAAUCACCGGCCCCUCACAUCACUGGAUGGGUCCAGUAACAGAAAUACCCCAGAGAGAUGUCCCCGUCCUCUGUAUUCCCAGGAUUGUACAGAGGAGAAUCACAGGAUCCCACAGGAGGAUCAGGUAGAACGUCUUUCUCCUAUAAAGGCAGAAGAUAUAAGGAGAGAAGAAGAGACGUAUGUGACUGAUAUAAAGGCAGAAGAUAUAGAGGGAGAAGAAAAGACGUAUGUGACUGAUAUAAAGGCAGAAGAUAUAGAGGGAGAAGAAGAGACGUAUGUGACUGAUAUAAAGGCAGAAGAUAUAGAGGGAGAAGAAGAGACGAAUGUGACGGAUAUAAAGGCAGAAGAUAUAGAGGGAGAAGAAGAGACGUGUGUGACUGAUAUAAAGGCAGAAGAUACAGAGGGAGAAGAAGAGACGUAUGUGACUGAUAUAAAGGAAGAAGAUAUAAGGAGAGAAGAAGAGAUGUAUGUGACUGAUAUGAAGGCAGAAGAUACAGAGGGAGAAGAAGAGACGUAUGUGAGGGGUGAUCAGCAGUGUAAGGAGGAGGCGAUCCCUACAGAUAUCAGCACAGCAGAUGGACCCACAAGCAGGAAUAUCUCAGAAGUACAUCUAAUGUUAUCCCUGGAUUGUGACAUAACAGAUAAUGACAGUAGACAGGAUUCUCCAGGAGAUAAUCCCAUUACCCCAAUUAUACAUCUAGCUCUAUCAACUAAUCCCCCUGAUCCUGGGAAAUGUUCUCCUGAUCACUCUGAUAUUGGUGCAUCUAUUACAGCUCUGAGAUUAGAUACAGAGUUUCCCUGUUCUACAGACGCCAAAUGUUUUACACAGAACACAAACCGUAUUACUCAUCAGCCAGCUAAGGCAGGUGAGAGGCCAUUUCCAUGUUCUGAGUGUGGGAAAUGUUUUACAUAUAAAUCAAAUCUUGUUACACAUCAGAGAAGUCACACAGGUGAGAAGCCGUAUUCCUGUUCUGAGUGUGGGAAAUGUUUUACACAGAAAUCAGAUCUUGUUACACAUCAGAGAAGUCACACUGGUGAGAAGCCAUUUCCAUGUUCUGAGUGUGGGAAAUGUUUUACAUAUAAAUCAAAUCUUGUUACACAUCAGAGAAGUCACACAGGUGAGAAGCCGUAUUCCUGUUCUGAGUGUGGGAAAUGUUUUACACAGAAAUCAGAUCUUGUUACACAUCAGAGAAGUCACACUGGUGAGAAGCCAUUUCCAUGUUCUGAGUGUGGGAAUUUUUUUACAUAUAAAUCAAAUCUUGUUACACAUCAGAGAAGUCACACAGGUGAGAAGCCGUAUUCCUGUUCUGAGUGUGGGAAAUGUUUUGUAGAGAAAUCAGGUCUUGUUAUACAUCAGAGAAGUCACACAGGUGAGAAGCCGUAUUCCUGUUCUCAGUGUGGGAAAUGUUUUGCACAGAAAUCGAGUCUUUUUAAACAUCAGAGAAGUCACACAGGUGAGAAGCCGUAUUCCUGUUCUGAGUGUGGGAAAUGUUUUGCAUCGAAAUCAAGUCUUGUUACACAUCAGAGAAGUCACACAGGUGAGAAGCCAUUUUCCUGUUCUGAGUGUGGGAAAUGUUUCACACAGAAAUCAGCCCUUGUUACACAUAAGAGAAGUCACACAGGUGAGAAGCCGUAUUCCUGUUCUGAGUGUGGGAAAUGUUUUGCAUCUACAUCAGAUCUUGUUAAACAUCAGAGAAGUCACACAGGUGAGAAGCCGUAUUCCUGUUCUGAGUGUGGGAAAUGUUUUGCAUCUAAAUCAAAUCUUGUUAAACAUCAGAGAAGUCACAUAGGUGAGAGGCCAUUUCUGUGUUCUGAGUGUGGGAAAUCUUUUGCAUACAAUUCAGUUCUUAUUAGACAUCAGAGAAGUCACACAGGUGAGAAGCCAUUUCCAUGUCCUGAGUGUGGGAAAUGUUUUGCACGCAAAUCAGAUCUUAUUAUACAUCACAGAAGUCACACAGAUGAGAAGCCAUUUCCAUGUUCUGAGUGUGGGAAAUGUUUCACACAGAAAUCAGUUCUUGUUAGACAUCAGAGAAGUCACACAGGUGAGAAGCCAUUUCCAUGUUUUGAGUGUGGGAAAUGUUUUGCAUACAAAUUAGUUCUUAUUAGACAUCAGAGAAGUCACACAGGUGAGAAGCCGUAUUCCUGUUCUGAGUGUGGGAAAUGUUUUUCAUCGAAACCAGAUCUUGUUUGUCAUCAGAGAAGUCACACAGGUGAGAAGCCAUAUUCCUGUUCUGAGUGUGGGAAAUGUUUCGCACAGAACUCAGCUCUUGUUACACAUCAGAGAAGUCACACAGGUGAGAAGCCGUAUUCCUGUUCUGAGUGUGGGAAAUGUUUUAUACAGAAAUCACAUCUUAUUAAACAUGAGAUAAGUCACACAUGCGAGAAGCCAUUUUCUUGCUAUGAGUGUGGGAAAUGUUUUAUCCAGAAAUCACAUCUUAUUAAACAUGAGAGAAGUCACAUAGGCGAGAAGCCAUUUUCUUGCUAUGAGUGUGGGAAAUGUUUUACCUGGAAAUCACAACUUGUUACACAUCAGCGAAGUCACACAGGUGAGAGGCCAUUUCCAUGUUCUGAGUGUGGGAAAUGUUUUGCACACAAAUCAGAUCUUAUUAAACAUGAGAGAAGUCACACAGGUGAGAAGCCAUUUUUUGCUCAGAAUGUGGGAAAUGUUUUACACGGAAAUUAGAUCUUUUUACACAUCAGAGAAGUCAGACGGGAAAAGCCAUUUCCAUGUUCUGAGUGUGCAAAAUGUUUUACAUAGAAAUCACAACUUGUUACACUUCAGCGAAGUCACAGGUGAGAGGCCAUUUCCAUACUCUGAGAAAUAAAUCAGCACAAUAGACAUCACUCAGGUGAGGAACCAUUUUAAUCUUCUGGAGUUUUCUCAUCAAUGCCAUGCGUUGUUCUUCAAGGUUCUUCUAUUUGCUAUGCUUUUUGCAAUAUACAUGUUACCACUGGGUGAAAUAAUCAGAUGUCAUGACCUCAUCUACCACUGCUGUACAGAUGACCUGUCUUUUGCUACAGGUACUGAGAACCCAGUCCCAAUCCUAAAUGGUUGUCUAGGUGAGCUCCAGGUGUGGGUGAUGCCAGUUGGCUGUGACUCAGUCCUGGUGAAACAGGUCCAUAUGGUAGAAGCUCACCAACAAAGGGCAGGGUGACAGCUCAGCUUUGUUACCAACCAUACAAACGCUUGGGGGUUCAGAGUCACAAAAUGCUGAUCAUGUGCGGAAUCUUGGUCUCCUGGAUGGUGGAGUGACACUUAGACAUUAGUAUCUGCCACAAACAGAUCCUCAUCUGAGGAACAUAGCCAGACUCCAGCACUUAUUUCCCUCAGAAGAUCUACCUACAGUCAUACAUGUACUUGUAUCAUCAUACAAAGACUACUGCAAUGUCCUCUACCUGGGUCUCCCAGCAAAAGAAUUGCACCCCUUGUAGCUUGUACAGAAUGCAGCAGCCAGGCUGUUACCUAACCAGCCCGUUCCUGCCACAUAACACCCAUUCUCUGCUCCCUUCACCGGCUGCCUGUAAGAUGGUGACUAUUACAUAAUCUUACUGACUCUCCCAGCCCUACAUGACCAGAGUCCCAAUGUCCAUGGUACCAGAAGCAGCUUCUGCCUCCUUUCUGCCCUGGUUACUUCCACCUGCAGAUGAAGGACUGUUACCAGCAGUACCAAGAAUCCACAAGAAGUUCUGAGAUGUCAGGGGGACACAGGGUGGGUGGCACUAUUGCUGUAGCAGGGGCUGCCAGAGGCACUGUCUAUAGGUAAUAUUGUCCCCAAGCAGUGCUGAGGUGGAAGAGGGGGGGCACAG